UUCUGGGCGGAGUUUAAUUCAGCCUUCACAACACGUUCAAGCUAAUUCGGCUAAGCUUGCUAGCUGUUCUGUUUUGCUAAGUUUCUUUUAAAUCUCCAACGUUUUAUACUACAGGAGGAGAAACAUGCCCGUUUUUAACGGAAAGCAGGACGUUGUGUUUGAGGAAGAUGAUUUGCCUUACGAGGAAGAAAUCAUCAGGAACCCGUACUCGGUGAAGUGCUGGAUGCGCUACAUCGAGCACAAACAAAACGCUCCCAAGUCAGUGCUGAAUAUGAUUUACGAACGAGCGCUUAAAGAACUACCGGGCAGUUACAAAUUGUGGUACAACUACCUGAGAGAGAGGAGGAAGCAGAUAAAAGGUAAAUGCGUCACAGAUCCGGCGUACGAGGAGGUCAACAACUGCCACGAGAGAGCGCUGGUGUUCAUGCACAAGAUGCCGAGGAUAUGGCUGGAUUACUGUCAGUUCAUCGUGUCUCAGUGCAAAAUCACAAGAAGCCGCCGCACGUUCGACCGAGCGCUCCGAGCUCUGCCCGUCACACAGCACUCGCGCAUCUGGCCCCUGUACCUCAAAUAUGCUCGGAAGUUACCCCUGCCUGAGACCUCCAUCAGGGUUUAUCGCCGUUAUCUCAAGCUCUCUCCAGAGAACGCGGAGGAGUACAUCGAUUACCUGCGCUCGGUAGGACGGCUGGAUGAGGCAGCGGUCCGGCUAGCAGCCGUGGUCAAUGACGAAGGUUUUGUCUCAAAAGAGGGGAAGUCAAACUAUCAGCUCUGGCACGAGCUUUGUGACCUCAUCUCCCAGAACCCAGACAAGGUGACCUCGCUGAACGUCGGCGCCAUCAUCCGCGGUGGUCUCACCCGCUUCACGGACCAGCUGGGCAGGCUCUGGUGCGCCCUGGCCGAUUACUACAUCCGCAGCGGUCACUUCGAGAAGGCGCGUGACGUGUACGAAGAGGCGAUUCAGACCGUCGUCACCGUACGAGACUUCACGCAGGUGUUCGACAGCUACGCCCAGUUUGAAGAGAGCAUGAUCGCCGCCAAGAUGGAGACCACGUCCGAGAUGGGACAAGACCAAGACGAUGACAUCGAUCUGGAGUUGCGCUUGGCCCGGUUCGAGCAGCUGAUCACGCGCCGGCCGCUCUUAUUGAACAGCGUGCUGCUGCGGCAGAACCCACACAACGUCCACGAGUGGCACAAGAGAGUCAAUCUCUACGAAGGCAUUCCUCGACAGAUAAUAAACACCUACACUGAAGCUGUGCAGACGGUGGACGCUGUGAAAGCCACGGGGAAGCCUCACUCCCUCUGGGUGUCGUUCGCCCGGUUCUACGAGGAUAACGAACAGCUGGAUGAUGCCCGGACGAUCUUCGAGAAGGCCACCAAGGUGAACUACAAGCAUGUGGACGACCUAGCAGCAGUGUGGUGUGAAUACGGAGAGAUGGAGUUACGGCACGAGAACUACGACCAGGCGUUACGGAUACUCAGGAAAGCUACGGCGAUCCCCUCGAGGAAAGCAGAGUACUUUGAUUCCUCAGAACCAGUGCAGAAUCGAGUGUAUAAGUCCCUGAAGGUUUGGUCUAUGCUGGCGGAUUUGGAGGAGAGCCUCGGCACCUUCCAGUCAACUAAAUCUGUGUACGACCGCAUUAUUGACCUGCGCAUCGCCACGCCUCAGAUCAUCAUCAACUACGCCAUGUUCCUCGAGGAACACAAUUACUUUGAGGAAAGUUUCAAGGCAUACGAACGCGGCAUCGCACUCUUCAGGUGGCCAAACGUGUACGACAUCUGGAACACGUACCUCACCAAGUUCAUCGAUCGCUACGGAGGCAAGAAGCUGGAGAGAGCGCGAGACCUGUUCGAGCAGGCUUUGGACGGGUGUCCACCGAAGUUCGCAAAAACCAUCUACCUGCUGUACGCUAAGCUAGAGGAGGAGUAUGGACUGGCCCGCCAUGCUAUGGCUGUGUACGAGAGAUCGACGCAGGCUGUGGAGGCUGAAGAGCGCCACCUUAUGUUCAACAUCUACAUUAAGAGAGCUGCGGAGAUCUACGGAGUCACUCACACCAGAGCCAUCUAUCAGAAAGCCAUUGAGGUUCUCCCAGACGAGCAUGCCCGGGACAUGUGUCUACGCUUCGCUGACAUGGAGAGCAAACUGGGCGAGAUCGAUCGUGCCAGAGCUAUUUAUUCCUACUGCUCCCAGAUCUGUGAUCCCAGGAUGACGGCUAAUUUCUGGCAGGCGUGGAAGGAGUUUGAGAUCCGGCACGGGAACGAGGACACGAUCCGCGAGAUGCUCCGGAUAAAGAGAAGCGUCCAAGCGACCUACAACACGCAGGUCAACUUCAUGUCCUCGCAGAUGCUCAAAGCGACCACUAGCGUUACAGUGUCCGACCUUGCCCCAGGCCAGAGUGGCGUUGAUGACAUGAAGAUGUUGGAGCAGAAAGCGCAGCAGCUGGCUGCAGAAGCUGAGCAGGACAAACCCAAACCUAAAGACAAGAUCCUCUUUGUCAGGAGUGACACCUCUCGCAGCGAACUGGCUGAACUAGCCAAACAGGCUAACCCAGACGAGAUUGACAUUGACGACGACGACGAUGAUGAUGAGGGAGACGGAGACGGAGAACCAGACGAGGUGCAGCUCGAGCAGAAAAGCGUCCCUACGGCUGUGUUUGGAGGACUGAAGGACGACUGAACGGAUUAUCGCCGAUGUUCAUGUGACUGAUGACCCCAGAAUCCUGUAAUCGCCAGAAAUAGGAGAUAUUCGCAAAAAUGCAAAUGAGCUGAUUUGAAUUGGUCACGCUUCUGUACACUUCCUACUGCUAAGUUAACGGCCUUGUCAGGUACCGGUAUUUUCUGGAGUCCAGCACCAUGGGCAAAGUUCCAGAUAUGAACACAAGAGGUCACUCUUUCCCCCUGAUUCACACAAUCCUACAGAAAUAUUCCAGUGUUUUAUAACUUAAACUAUCACCAUUUUUAGUGUUUGUGUGUGAUUUACUACAGACAAUUAUAUUUUUUUUUCAUAUGUUUCUGGGUACUGAUAAACAAAAACAACAACAGACCACUCACUGAUCAAA